UCCAACAGAUAUGUAGCGACAUAAGUAUAACAUUGAAUCAAACGGAGCUAAGAAAUUCAGAUCAGUUUUAAACGCGGUCUAACAGACAACGCGCGUUCAAUUUUUUGCAAUAUUUAAUAGAAUAACUCUGUUAUUUCCGUGAAAAUCAAAUCAUGAAGCUACUCAUCAUCUGGGCGUUCGUCGCUCUAACAGCAGUUCACGCCAGGACGGCAGUCAGACAACAGCCCUUAUCACCUCGGAUCACGUCACUCACUGAUAAGGAUGCCAGACAAAAGGCCAGAUCACACCCAGCUUUUGCCAAUGCAGGGACACGCGCUGGUCUCGAAUUGUGGAGAAUUGAGAACUUCGAACCAGUAGUGGUGCCUGCAACAGAUGUGGGCAAAUUCUACAAAGGAGACUCAUACAUUGUCCUGAAGACGACCGCAGACAAGCGCAACAACCUAUCCUGGGACAUUCAUUACUGGAUUGGUUCUGAGAGCAGCCAGGAUGAGUCAGGCGCGGCUGCCAUCUUGACAGUUGGCUUGGACGACAAGUUUGACGGCAAGGCUGUGCAGCACAGGGAGACUAUGGGCUAUGAGAGCCAGCAGUUCCUGAACUAUUUCCCUGGAGGAGCGGUCCGCUACAUGGAUGGUGGUCAUCAGUCAGGGUUCAACCACGUGGAGACCAACCCUGGCGCAGAGAAGCGACUCUUCCAAGUUAAGGGCAAAAAGAAUAUCAGGGUGAGGCAGGUGGAUCCCCUCAUCUCCUCAAUGAACAAAGGCGACUGCUUCAUCCUGGACAUCAACAACGACAUCUUCGUCUACGUUGGAGAAAAAUCAAAGAACGUGGAACGACUGAAGGCAAUCUCUAUGGCCAACCAGAUCAGAGACCAGGACCAUAAUGGGAGAGGCCGUGUUGAAAUUAUUGAUCAAUACUCCAGUGAAGUGGAUGUUCAGAAAUUCUUCACCAAUCUUGGCUCAGGAUCCAAGGACCUGGUACCAGAAGAGAGUGCUGGUGGCGAUGACCAGACCUUUGAGAAGAAGGAAGAGAGCUCAGUAAUCCUGUCAGAGGUUUCGGACAGCACUGGAAAACUGAAGAUCACUCCCCUCCCUGCACCAUUCCGUCAAGAACAGUUGAAGCCUCAGGAAACCUACAUCCUAGACACAGUCAGUGGAAGCAUAUAUGUUUGGGUUGGAAAGCAAGCCACACAAAAGGAAAAAACCGAGGCAAUGGCGAAGGCGCAACAAUAUUUGACUGCUAAAAACUAUCCAUCUUGGGUGCACGUAGCCCGGAUUCCCCAGGGAACUGAACCUGCUAUCUUCAAGCAGUACUUCGCCACGUGGCGCGAUGUAGGCAUGUCCCACUCUCGCAUCGUUCGAGCCACUGGUGAUGACAGCUAUGUAGAAGAGACAAUCCCUAAACUUCUUACUGACCGCUACAGCCUGUACAAUGCAGUCAUGGAGUUAGAAGGGGUCAUGAAUUACAGGAAAAUAAGUGCAUUUACCCAGAAGGACUUGAAAGAAAAUAAGGUGUACUACCUGAUAGACAAUAAUAGUGACGAUUCAUACUUCUGGAUCGGUAGACUCGUCCCUAAUACCGAAAAAGUUAUAAGUUCAUUGAACCGUUACAUAAACCUUAUGUCGUUUAGUACUGGUAGAAAUUAUACAAUAUACAGGCAAGGAGAGGAAUCACCGAGAUUCCUUGCGGCAUUUCCUGGAUGGGAUAAUCGGAUGUGGCAGAAACGUGCGAGAAGAUUACAGAGGCUGCAGGCUAACGAAGAGAUGAGAAGUAAUCUAAUUCCAGAUUCUUAAUGAUCAUGUUGUACUACACUUAUUAUGUUAUAUAACAAAAAUUAUAUACCUGCCUGUUAUACAAUGUAAUACAUAAUAAGGAAAAGCAAUUUAUACGUAGUAGGUAUAACAAUAAAAUAUGAAUAAAUGUUUUAUUA